UUUGGCCAGACUGGAGGUGGCUGUAGCCGAGCAGAGACCAAGACGUGCCCUACCGCGGAGCCUGACCCCCUAGGUGUGCUCUUUGAGAAACAUCUGGGACCCCCAGCACACCUAGGGACCAUCCUUGCUGGCCUCCUAGGGGCCUCUCAGCAAUGGGGGGCCCCCCAGGGGGCCAGCAACGAUGGUGGGGAGUGUGGGAAGUCUGGCGGUUGGAGGGGCGGGUGGGGGGCAGUGGGGGCUGGGUGGGGGGAUGCUCUGGAGUAGGAAGUGGUCCCGUGAGGUUUGGAGGAGUCAGGAGUCACGAGUGCAGAAUUACAGAUCCAAUUAGGAGCCCAAAUUUACGCCAAUUGAUCUAUUCCCCCCCUUUAAUUGGUUUCUCCUGGGGCUUUUUUCCUUUUUUUUUUUUUGAUCCCUCCUUAGCUUUUUAUGCACGCUCACAUCAAAUUAAACUUACCCCCGUCCCAUGUAACAGGGGAGCAGUGACAAAGCAAUGUACGAAGCCACCACCACCACCGCCGCGGCCAUGCCGCACGUCCUGCUCUCCGCCAUUUAUCGCCCUGAUUCGGUUUUUGUUUUUAUCUGUCCCUGUCGCUUGGGUUGAGUUGAGAGUGGGGCCUCCGUGGGGCGCUGGCCACUGCACCCCACGGAGAAGCCAGAGGGAAAGGAGUGGGCCGCUGCCCGGCCUGGCCUUUGGGGACAGUGGCUGGUCCCCGGAGGUCCUGAGGGGCGGAGGAGGGGGUGGGGAGGCGUCUCCUCGGUGUCCGGAAGGUGCUCGGAGGCCAUCGGGAAAGGGCCCCCGGCUGGCCCAGGCUGGCUGGGGGGGAAGGGGCUGCAGGUGUGUGAGUAGAGGGGCUCCAUCGGGCUGGAGCAGGUGGCCGCCUUCCGUGCACUUGGGGAGCCCUCCCCUCACCCCUCGGUGACACCUUGCCCAGCUUCUCAGCAC